AUGGCGUAUCUUAACAGCGCCGGCGGGACACCAGUCACCGCCAGAUCGACUUGUUCGAUCUUCUCCUUGAACAGCCCGGGCAUCCAGCCCAAAGUCAGCUUCGGGUACGAGCCCGAGUACCCUUACAACCUUGACUUCAGCAAGCUGAAGACGGCCAACGGGUAUGCCCUGGGGAUGCGUUCUGCGCCGCUCCUCAAGGGAGAGGAUACAGCCCUCUCAAAAUUCCACAAAUUGGCUGCUGCAGGGUUCGAAGACGACGACGACGACGACGACGACAAGAAGGCCAAUACCAAGGCCUACGGAGAGAGAGAGCGCAACGAGCCUGCGUCUGACUCGGAGACAAACAACUUCAACGGCACUCCAUCUCUCACGAGCAGCCCUACUACUCCCAGCACAAACGGCUCCAUGACUUACAACGCCGUCACUCCUCCAAACAAGGAGCUCACCUACCAUACUCCCUCUCCUCCGUCUACUCCUACUCCCGCACCCAAGCUACCAGAAGCACCAAAGAAGGCUCAGUUAUGCGGCGGUUACUCAGUUUACAAGAACUCCCUCCCAUUCCGCCAGCUCGGCUGGGGAUCCGACGAAGGCAAAACCGUCACCAGGGAAAUCAUCGUCUCCAGACCCGUCAUCGAAGCUUCCUCUCCUUCUCCCUCACCCUCUCCACCACCACAACCUCGACACCAUCGGAGAGCAUUACGUGAACCACUUCUACCAAUGCUCAUAUACAACGAGAACAACGAGGAAGAAUACGUAUCACGCUACAAUUACCUUCCAUAUGGUCAGGGACGAGAAUCGAGCGUCAAUGCUCUUGAUAUGUUACUCUCUCAAGCCCGUGCACAAGGGUUUACUACAAAUACCGCACCAUAUGGUCAGGAACAAGGACGUCCUCUGCCCCGUCUCCAUCGCAAUCUGUUUGAUACUGUGAGGCCGGAGCCCAAGCCAUUGGCACCAGCUCGUAUGAAGGCUCGCGAGAAUCUGAUUGCUGUCUUGUCUCGUCGUAUGGAGCGCUGUCCUCAACCUCAAUACCGUCCUCAGCCUCAAUACAACGUUAUGCCAGAUCCCCCAUUCCCAUGGAUGCGACGUUGA